AUGAGGAAAACCUCUCUCGUGUCAUCAUUGUCGUCAGCAUCAACAGAGAAACCUGAUGGAAGGAGGAAACGAUGGUGCCCAAUAGAUGGUUGUGAUGCUAUUAUAAAGUACGUGUCAAAACAUCUGAGAAAUGUUCACAAUAUGGAACCAAACUCGAAUGAGCUGAAAGAACUGUCCAAGUCGGCAAGGGAGUACGCUGGGCUAAAGGCUGAAAUUGACCUGUUUGUCAAUGAGAUCAACGAAGAGAGGCCCAGCGACUCAAAGGAGUCACCCGAGGAGGAGGAGGAGGAGUUAGACGAAAAACGCCCUUUGUCUCCUAAUGGCAGCAGGAAGGCAAAAGGAAAAUCCCCAGUAAAGCCAGUCAGCCCAAUAACGUCGCAUACUGUUUCCGAUCAAAGUGCUGAUGACACAGGUUCUGAAUACGAACCAAGUACCGAUGAAGAUACAGAAUCUUCAACAUCUGAAGAAGAGGAUCAUCCAUCAAGAAAGUCAGCGUCGCCAAAGACACGUGAAGAUUAUUACAGAGCUUCAAAGUUUGACAACGAGGAGGAGGAGGAGGAGUUAGACGAAAAGCGCCCUAUGUCUCCUAAUGGCAGCAGGAAGGCAAAAGGAAAAUCCCCAGUAAAGCCAGUCAGCCCAAUAACGUCGCAUACCGUUUCCGAACAAAGUGCUGAUGACACAGGUUCUGAAUACGAACCAAGUACCGAUGAAGAUACAGAAUCUUCACCAUCUGAAGAAAAGGAUCAUCCAUCAAGAAAGUCAGCGUCGCCAAAGACACGUGAAGAUUAUUACAGAGCUUCAAAGUUUGACAACGGCCGCCACCAAUGGCUCUGUGGGUUCUUUAAUUUUUUGAGCCUUCCAUCAUCAGGUUAUAAGAAAAUACAUAUUAGGCUACAGCACGUCACCCAGGUGAAGAUAUUGCUUGAGGCAUUAGACCCUAAGGGAACAGAUAUCAAAUGCCUUGCAGAAGACCACGGUAAUGCAAUUUGGACCAAAUACAUAGACCCAGAAGUACAAGCCGGUAACAAAGCGCCAGGGACAUUGAUUUCAUACUUGACGAGUGUUGAAAAGUUUCUGCAGUAUGUAACCUCCCAAAAGUACGACCCCAAGCAAAUGCCACAUUUACUACCGUCCUGCAAAAAGGAAUUUAAGAGGGUUAUUCCAAACUUCAAAGGCUGGCGUGCAUGCAUUGACUCGUUUACGCAAGAUAGGCAGCUCAGAAGAUACAUCCAGGAAUGCGACGACCUGAUUACACCAGAACAGCUUGAAGAGGUUAAGUCCUCCAUACCAUACACUGAAGGAGAGAACGUCAUUUUGAAGGCGUCUCUUGGAAAGCCGCUGAACAUGUAUGAGUUCACAUUAGCAAGAGACCUAAUAAUCUUUAAAUUUUCAAUUGCGACUGGCGCUCGUCCAGGUGCUUUAAAUAACGCUCUGCUUGAAGACUUCAAGACAGCAACCUCUAACGAUGGGAAAAGGGUGAUUCUUGUCCCAAAGCACAAGCGAAGUAAAGACGGCCCAGCGAUGCUGGGAAUGAACGAAGAGCUGCAGCUUAUGAUGAGUGUUUACGUGGAGUUUAUCAGACCUCAGUUCGCCAUGCCUUCAGAGACAAAAUUAUUUAUCAAGAACGAUGGCUUUGCAUUCAACGAAGGUACCAUCGGGAAGGUGCUCUCCAGAUUUUUGGAGAAAACUAAAGUUUUUAAGAAGCGAGUAAGCCACACGCACAUUAGAAAAUUUAUUGCCACUCAGACCUACCAGCAUGCAAGCCCACAGGAGGUCGAACACGUUGAGAAGGCCAUGUGCCACGGGAAAGAUACACGAAAGAAGUGCUACAUCAGACAAGAUUGUACACGAACUACUGCCGCUGCCAUGGAUAUAAUUGAGCGCGUACUAAGGCCCUCAAAAAAAAAAAAUAAUAAUAAUAAUAAAUAAUAAUGAGAACAUUUAUAUAGCGCCUAUUAUGUAAUAGAUCUAGGCGCUUAACAAAGUGAAAAAAUUGGAAUUAAAUGAGUUUAUCUGGAACCAAAUAAAAAAAUUUAUGUCUCUAUAUCAAUAUCUUCGCAUUUAGCAUCGCUUUGAAACAGAGGCUUGGGGCAAGUCGAAAAUCGCCUAUUGCUAUUCAUUUAAAAUAUUUCGCCGUUUCUGAUUGGCUUUAUCCCUCUCGGCUAAUUCUUCAUGACCAACUGCCGAACAGCUGGCGCUGACCUGCGCUGACCAAAUCAACUUAAAUCUCGUUCCCAGGUUUCUCUCCCCUCCUUCCUCAAGAGAGGAAGACAGAGAACCCUGGCAUCGAAGUUGUGACGAAAUUGGAAGAUGCGAGCAAUAUACAAUCAAUGACCUCAGUCACACUUGACACACUGAAGUGAACUAAUAAAUUAUUUUGCAUUCUCAUAAGUCGAUAAUGUUGUCAACGAAACGUUCUUCCGCAUAAGUUCUUUUUGCUUUUCUUCAUGCAGUUUUCAUUUUUUAAAAGUACAUUUAUUGGCCUCUCCAAAGAGGUUUUUAAAAACUUAUUUACACUUUUUUUAUUUUGAUAACAAGAUUCAAACAAUAUUAUUCAAAUAAGUUAUAUGACAAAAUAGAGUUUAAAAUAAAUUAUGUAUUAUACAGAUCAUAAAAUUUUUACACGGUGAACUGUUUCAGCUAAAGUUGGUGGCUAAAGGUUUAUGAUAAAACCGUUCUUAACGCUGCUUGUUUCAAGAACCUGUUUCUGUUAACCUGCUUCUUAAUACACGUCGAACUUAUACAAAGGUACUUAUUGUCACUUUUUACGUCACUCGAAACAAAAACUGACCAUGAUAACAUUGCGAAAAUAAUUCACGGACGGGAUGCUUUUCUUUCUCUUUUCCCAUUCAGCAGCGGCGGUUUCCAUCACCUAAACCUUUCCAGUUUUCGUAC